AGCGCUAUAUAUAAAUGCAGGCUAUUUACAUAGAACCGGUCUACAUUUAUUCCACUUAAAUCUGAGGUGUGAAGUGUUCAUUUGAACGGGCCAAAACGAGAGCACACUUUUCUUAAGAUGACCAGCACGCAUCCACAGAGUAUUAAUGCAGAUUAGAUCUGACUAGAAGAUUAAGCUAAGUAGCCGCUAGCUCCAGGAAUAACCUGUUGCCGUGCGCUCGGAUCCACCGCCUCUGACAUGCACAGCACAGAAAAAUCCUCAUGGAUUCCUCCAGAAAGUACUGGGAGCAAACAACAUUCACAUAGACCAGCGAUGAUGUCGGGGGCCCCGGGGCCUCGCAGGGCCCUCCCCCCAGACCAGUCCAGAUCUGGGGGGAGCAGCCACACCCUGACACCCUCCCGCCAACCGAGCCACAAUCUGGACCCCCUACCCUCCAAGAGGAUCUGCUUCUACAAGAGCGGAGACCCCCAGUUCGGGGGGCUGCGCAUGGUGAUUAACCGGCGCACCUUCAAGAGCUUCGAGGCGCUGUUGGACGGCCUGUCCACCAAGGUGCCGCUGCCCUUCGGUGUGAGGAACAUCACGACCCCUCGGGGGCUCCACGCCGUUCACACGCUGGACCAACUGGAGGACGGGGGGUCCUACAUCUGCUCCGACAGCCGCAAGGUGAAGCCCAUCAACCUGGCCCUGGCUAGGAAGAAGCUGCCUCCGUGGUACAACGCCCGGCCCGGUACUGGGCGGCGCCGGGCGGUACAGGUGGGCAGGAUGUACCCCGGCGCGGGGAAACAGCGGCGGGGGGCGGGGCCGGUGGUAAUGGUGCACACGCCGCGGAGGCUAACGGUGUUCCGUAACGGGGAGCCCGCCGGGAGUCAGAUGGUGACGCUGAAGAAGAGGAGCACCCAGAGCUUUGAGGUGGUGCUGCAGGCCCUCUCGGAGCUGAUGCAGUUCCCCGUGGUCAAACUGCACGCCACAGACGGGCGCCGGGUGGACGGCCUCCAAGCCCUCAUCCUGUGCUCUGGGACGGUCGUGGCUGCAGGCAAGGAGCCCUUCAAACCAGGAAACUACGACGUGCACAGAUCCCCAGCUCCAAAACGUCCGCCCGGCACCCGACCCGGGUCUAGGAAGAUAAGGCCGAGCAAAAGGAGGUCAAGGAACUACUCAGAGUCCUCCCAGAGAUACUUCCUCAAUCAGCUCAACAACUCCCUCUCAGAGAGUGUGUUCGACAGUAACCCAACAGACUCCAUAGAGCUGGGGAACAGCCACUUGCUAGAGUCUGUUGUGGAAAUGGACGCAGAGCCCUGCUCCGACCAUGGAACCCAUGAGCAAGGCAGCUGCCUGCCGACGGAAGACGACAUCGAGAAGUCCUUCCGGGUGAACGAGGACGGCAGCAUGACGGUGGAGAUGAAGGUGCGCCUGACCCUCAAGGAAGAGGAGACCAUUCAUUGGACCACCACUCUGACCCGUUCCAGCGUGGUCAAUGAGCCCCUUCCAGACUGUUUUCCAGAUCCAGAGCCGGAACAGGAAAGCGGUUCCCCCGAACACGACCGACCGGAACCAUCCGAACCGGCGCUUCCCUUAGAAACCACUAGCAGCCGCAAACCACGGGGGGACAACGAUGACAACGACCAACCGCCGCCGCAUGAGAGCGGUGUCUCCGGAGAGGCAGGGAACAUGGAGGAUGAUGUGACGGGGAAGACCAAUCAUGCGAAAUCAACCUGGAGGGCUCCCACACCGGGCGUCAGGAAGGCCAAGACCUCAUCGGAGAGCGUGAGUGCAAACAUGGCCGAGCCAGUUCAGGAAGGCACCGUCCGGUCCUACUCCUACAGAGCAGAGACCGAACAGUAUCGCAUGGUCCAGCAGAGCAGCACAAGGCCAGUGCCCAAACCCCGAAGGCUUGCCUCUAUGGAUGUCAACUACGGGUACGGUCAGGCUGAGUUCAAUUCAGUGGGGAUGUCCGAGGUCCUGCAGAUUGAAAACAAUGGAGAGGAGGUCACAGAGACUAUGUUACACGUGUACGAGCAGCAGACCUGCCAGGAGAACUACUACGCCAACACUAACUACCGUGCUCAAGGUGUCUCCGUGUACGGUAACAACUAUGGUAGACCCUCAACCUCUGACACGACGUGGAGCAUGAAUGCUAAUGUCGAACCCCAGUUUGGUAGACCUUCCACCGCCUCAGAGUCCAUCCCUAGCAUGAGAGCUGCAAAUAGCAAUCCCUGUAAAAGCCUUGUGCUAAACACCCCCCAAAAAGAGUUCACUGCAAGCAAAGAUUAUUAUAAGUUAUUAAGAGAGUCAGGGAAAGGCAAACAGCAUCAAAAUGUGGCUGAUAAAGCUAAUAAAAAAUCAUCCAAUACCAAAGCAGUCAAGAAAAAUGUCCGGUGGAUUAAGUCGCCUGGCAACAGAAGAAAGCAAAGCCUCACAGAGGCCUCUAAGAAACGCACAAAAGUUAAAACAUUUUCCAGCACCGGGUUCCUUAAGAAAAUCUAUGGUGGUCGACCAGUGAAGACCACGAUGAGGAGGAAGAAGACCGCAACAGAGAAUGAAAAGGUGAGACCAGCCACAGAGAGUUCAGAUCCUCCAGAUGUAACAAUGAAAUGUACCAUCAAAGAUCAAUACACACUAUCGUCAGGGGAUGUUAAGAUGCAGGAGACCAUCCCAUUUGAAAGUAACAUGUUGAAGCUAUCAUCCAAAACACGAGCAACUCAACAGCUACUGACAAAUCAGCGAUCCAUUCACGAGGAGGGACAGACACAUAAGGCAUCCAGUGAGGUUAACAGAACAUUGCCACUUCCUGUGUGCAAUUCCUCCAGCUCAGUUAACAAUGAGUAUGUUAAGCACUGGCUGGAGAACUCCCCUUCCCAGCAUGAACUCUGCCCUGGGAACCAAACUCAGGCGGACAAAAUUACCUGCCAGGUGGGACUAGAUGUUGGGAUUCCUGAGGAGUCAGAUGUUAGCUGUUUGAGCAUCUGCUCAGAAGACAAGACAGAGAAAUCACACACCAAACAGACACCUAAAAACAUAUCUGUACCCAGUAAUGCAAUGCUUCACACGCUGUCAUCCACAAGCAGCCAAACCGUGGCAGACAGACAACUAACCGUUAGUCAUACAGCUGACCAAGAUCCUUUAUGUACAGAUCACCCCAAAACAUCAUCAAACUCAAGUAACUCUGCUGGCCGUGAAGAACCAUUAUCUAGAAACUCGUCCGUUAAGAGAGCACGGCUGGUCAGUAAUCUCUCCUUUGAAAGGAAAAUGUCUCAGAGGAAGGCUUCGGUCGAGAAAGCCGCCUUAAGCAAGCAAACAACCACCAGCUGUAAUCCCAUCCAAACGGCAGACAGUGAGACACUAGAAUCAAACGAGCUAAUGAAGAAAAAAGAACCAACUGCAAUUCUGUUGGAAAGGCCAGUGCACACAGAUUGCAACUUGGAUCAAACCUCAAUGGCUAGCCGAUCAUCAUACUGUACGUCUGUGUCACCGGUUAGUCCAUCUUCUAACAAGAGAGUUUCCCUUUCCAGCCUUGCAUCCAGUGAUGCAUCCUAUGUAGCUAUACCUGCAUCUAAAGAGCAUGAUUCAACUAUGGUGAAGGACAGUGAUCUCCCUCUGGAGAAGAAACCCUCCACCAGGAAAGCACAGAGUGAGGCUUCUAUUAUCUCAAAUGAGCCUCCAGUGAAAGAGAUGCCCGUAGCCAACAGUCCAUCACUUAAAAGAACCCAGCUAGACAGAAACCCAUCUUUAAAAUCAGCCUCUAACCCUAAACCUUCUUUAGAUUCGUCAAAAGCUAAAACUCUCCACAGAAGCCCCUCCACUGAAAGCCCUUCAUCGCUACAUAAAACAAACUCCCAGAAGAAUACUUCUCCUUAUUCUCAGUCACUGGAUGUGUUGUCAUCGCCUGUCAAACAAAUUACCAAAAAGAAUGUGGUUGAUAAAAAUCCCUUCCCAGAUAGGAGAUCAGAGCCGACCAACCCGGCACCAGAAGAACCAGAGAUACCUCAGAGAAAUGUGGAACCUGAUUUAUUGGACAAAAUUGAAACAGGGAUAUCUGCCUCCAUUUUAAACACUGGUCUGAAUGAAAGCAAGAGAGAAACACUAGAACUGACAAACCAACCAAAUCUUGAACCUGUGCUGGAGAAGAUUGUCUCCUCCAUUAAAUCCAUUAGACAAAGAACACAAAAGAAGAAGCCAUAUUGUCUAGAGAAGUCCAAUAGCCUGCCUGACUUCUCAGGUCAUGUGACAACAACAUUUGGCUCGUCGUCCAAAGCUCUGCUAGCAUUCCUAGCUGUCAUGACAUUAAAGGAAGUCCUGGCUCAAGAACCCAAGUGUGAGAUGGAUGAACUCAACCCAAGUCGUGCUGAGGCUUUGAUGCUCAUCGAUUCUCUCAGGGAAAUAGCCAGCAUUGAAGACUCUGACCAGUUGAAAAAUAGCCUGUCAGAACUACAAAUGUCUGCUUCAACACAACUCCUCCAAAGCUGGAAGGGCUUCCAGGAGCUCAGCAAGAGUCGCAGAUUGCCAAAUCAGUCUGAGGAAGGGUUGAGGUCUGGCAGAAGAUGUGUGGACUACAGUGGUGCUGAGGAGGGCGCUAUCGAUGAACUGAUGGAAGAACUUGACAUACCAAAAACACUGAAAGAAGCACUUGCUGCUUUUUCUGCUUGUACACCAACAGAGAGAGAUGACAGCGUCAGCGUUGAGGCCAACACACCGGAAAAACCCUCUAACGACAAUGUUACAACUAACUCAGAAGGAAAUACUGUGAAUGGCAGUGAUUAUGUCCAAACCACCAAGGCAAAUGCUGAUCGAGAAGCCCUUGUUGACGUGAAAGCAAUCGUUAAACGAUUCACAGACCCUGGGAAACCUCAAGCAUCCAAUGAAAAGCCUGCUAAUCUUAAACAGCCAAAUUUAUCUGAUGAUCAAAAGGUGGUUCAUACUCAGCAGAUUACACACAAUGGAGAAGAUUCAACAACUGAUUUCAAAGACACAGCGUCGUUACAAGAGGAGCAGCAUCCAACAUCGGCCCCCCAUGUUUCCAUUGAAGACAACCAGGAGGAGGAUUCAAGGAAUAAUGGCAAACAAGAAGAGGAAUUGGAGCAGGGCAGCCUCAAUGAAAACCAAUCAAUCAAAUUAUACGUACCAUAUAUGGAUUUGGAGGAAGCCACAGAGGAGAGAAAUGAGGAGAGCAGGUGCAGCUCUGAGAGCGAACAUCUGGACAGAGAAUUGAAGGAAAUUGAUAGGAACAGCGAAGACAGCAUGUUCAGCCCUGAGGAGAUGUUCAGCCCUGAGGUGGAGUCCAGCUCCGAUGAGGAACAGAAGCACAUACUAAGUACAGAAGGACGACGUGGAAACAUAUGUAAUCCCAAAACACAGCAGAAGCUACCUUCACCGCAGGAGCCACAAGACGUUGUACUGAGGCAGCUGAAACAAGUGAGAAACAACCCAAUGUCAGACUACAAGAGUCUCUCCAGCUCGGAGGAAGAGGAGCAGAAGCUGCAACGAACCAACAGGUUUAAACGCCUGGGCGUCAACAUCAGCAGCACACAUGAAACACCUCGCCAGGAUGUUGAGGAUCAGACGAGCUCAGAAGACGACCAACAUGUCGACGUUCAACAGCUGGGCCGGACCCACACCAAGCCUGUCCACGUCUUUCCCCAUAUAGAUAAACAAAUCCGGCGAAAACUGACCAAAAUUGAGAGUUUGAGCGAAAGGAGUGAAGAAAGUGUGUCUACUCCAGAUGCAGAGGAGCUGGGUAAGCUAGAAAAAGUCCAACCACAAGUCCAGAAACUUGAGCCCCAGGAACAGUUGAGCUGCACAGAGGCAAUGACUAAGCCUGUAUGUAAAGCUGUAAAUCAGGAGCAGCGUGUCCAUGGAAAACUGUCUGCAGAAGAUACUUCUUGUCAAAGAGCUCCUCCACAAAAGAAAGCUCAACCAGCUGAGAUCAUAUCUCAAUCUGUGGCAGAAAGAAUAGGUCUUUUGAAGCAACAGGUGGCUGAGACACAGUGGAAGAGCAAAACAGCAGGGGGUGCCAGCAUCCGAAUUCCGGCAGACGAAGCCCCCUUAAAGGUUGAAUCCUCCACACCGGAUACGAAGACGACCCAGCCUUUACCUGGCUUCAGGUCGGCACCUCACUCCUCGUUGUCCUUCAGCUACGAAUCUAACGGCGUUAUAAACCGGCAGCCCGAGGGUGCCAAUGUGCGGUCCAUAAAGGAUAUGUUCAUGGCAAAGAGUCUUCCAGAUGUUCAGCGUGAGGAAGCAGAUGUUAAUGGACCAAUCCGCUCUGAGGCCAGUCCAGCCAGCCAAUCUCAAGAUCCAUUUGAGCUGUCGGAGGCCGCGUCUAUCGCGAAGGGCUUUGUGAGGAGGACAAUCGAGAGGCUGUACGGCAGGAAGGACCCCACUGCUGCGGACACUCCGAGCAAAAGAUCCACGUCUUCGCCAAAACCGAAGAUAGAAAGCUUAAGCAUCUUCUCGUCCCUCCCCUCGGCCCGGUCAAAGCAACGGUCCGACAUGCCUUAUUUUAAUUCUACCAACACCCUCGAUACAUUGGGCGGAGUGACGCGCUGCAUGGCUUUCAAUACGCAGGUGGUACCUGACAACAGCCUGCCGAUGAACCAGGACAGAACGUUACACCACAAAACCUACUCGGACCGGGUCGAGAUCAAUGAGGCGGCGGAAACACCGCUGCCUGAUGGAGAUCUACCAGAUGACGGCAAACAGACAGUCCCCGUUUCCCCGAUCAGCAGAAACCCUGAACCAGUUGAUAAGUUGGCGCUGACAAGGUGCACCUACUUCUCGCUGCCCUGCACCAGCGACUCAGAACCUGGUCCUGAAGACCCGGGGGCCAUGAGCAUGAACGCUGAAAGCAUUGUUGAAAUAAAAGAGGACCAAGAGGAGGCAAAAGGCUUGGUGGCAGACCACGGCCCACUGCCUGGUUUAAGAUUGCAUGAUAACAAGGUACACCCGCUGACCCAAGGUGCCCCUGGUGGUUCGGUUGUGGUGGUGCAGCCUGUUAGAGCCCAAAGGGUUGCUCCGAGACCGGUUGAGCUCGACGCUCUGGAUGCGUUGUACACGUUUUGUGGACAGCACUGUCCCAUCCUAUGAUGAGCUAUUUUCAAUAGGACUCAUCCAACUACGGUUGCUGUUUCUAGCCUCUGAACAUUGGGACGAGAUGGGUUAAUACAUUUUCUGGUGCCUACAUUUUACUGUUGCCAUAAAAUGGACUUUCAACCAGCAAACAAACCAACCAACUAAAUGGUACCUGCGCCCCAACAUUUGCUAAGCAACAUAUUAACCAUUAUACAAACAAAAAACCGCAGCGCUUUUUUUUUUAAGUUUGAAUCCUCAGGGUUCCCUGUUUAAAACUGUAAAUAUUUUGAAUAUACUUGUUAGUGUACAGCAUUACUAUAACCAUGUGUUUCUGUUCCUAUAAACACAACAAAGCAGCUGGAUCUUCAAUGUGGCCUGUUCACAGAGCAACUAUCCCAAGCAUUACUGUAAUCCUGUUCUAAACACCAUAGGCAGAUCGAGACCUUAAUCACACCAUCAGAUAGCCAGCUGUAGAACUUGACAACUGCGGCCUAGAUGUCCAACAAUGCUCACAGAGAAACUGAUUUCUAGACAAAUAAUUGAUCAUAGAUCGUAGUGAUAAGCCUCUUGACACUUGUAAUUUGGUUGUUUAAAUAUAUAUAAACAUAUAAUGUAUAACAUAUACUUUUAUAUAGUUCAUGUUUUAUUGAUCGUCUGGCAGCUGUGACUAUUUUGUCUUGAUUAUUUUUUGAAAAAUAAAAGUUUAUUUAUAACUGCCGGUGUUAAUCUUC